UAUCGAUCAGUUACGAAAAGCAUUAUUUGCUUUAAUCGAACAUUCAGAUUCUGAAAGCAUAGGUCUACAAACGCAUCCAAAUUAUGUAAUCGAAUCACAACGUUUUCGAGUUCAACUAAGAAAAACCAGUUUCUUAAAUUUACAUGAAAAUAAUCAUCAUUUUGAGAGUUUAGGCGGAGAUAAUAAAUUGAGUGAAGAAAUGAAACUAUUUAGCAUUACGACUCGAGCUCGACACAUUAAUUAUAUAAAGAAAAGCUGA